GAUGUCACGGUGCACCGAUCGUCACUAAACUAAUGACAUCAGAUGUCCCCAGGACCACUGCCCGGGACCUGUUCCGCAGUCCGGAGCCCCAGGCGAGCACACCCCGAAAGCUGACACGCUGCGGCCGGCGGCCCAGCGCCCUGCCCAACGAGAUCGACAGUCUCUCCCUGACCGGCGACGGGCCGACGCAGAUCCGACCCCGCAGCAGCCCGCUGGUCACCACAUGGCCGCCCGACGCGAGUGACGCGGCCGGCCGGCCCCCCGCCGUGCCGAUGACAGAGCAACAGCGAUCGGCCGUGGCCAGCCAGGCGGCAGCCAGUCUCUGCCAGCAGUACCUGGCCAGGUCGGAGCGUUACCGACUGAUCCAGCCGCUCAAUGACCUCGGCUGCAGGAGCAACAAACAUUGGUUUCUGGUUCACGAUCAGCUCGUGAAGACGGAGCGUCUAUUGACGAUCACAUCGGUCACCCACCGACCCGCGCUGCUGCAGCAGAGCGACCGGGUCAAGACGCUGCGGGACCGUCUGACGCGCGCGAAGCACCCGUACCUGCUGCCGGUGCUGGACGUGGACCUGCUGGACCUGCCGCAGGGCUACCCGGCCGUGGUGGUCAUCACGCCCUGCAGCCACUCCGGCAGCCUCAGGGACAUUCUGUAUAAGUGCGCCUGGGACCGCGACUGGAGUGAGAAGUAUGACCGGCCGCCGGCGGAGCGCCUCCGUCUGCCCGUCUCACAGGUUCGCCGGCUGGCUCUGCAGCUCGUCGAGGCCAUCCUGCACCUCAGACGGAGCGGCAUCGCACUCUCCUUCGGCCACCUGCACGCCGGCAACGUCAUCGUGCAGAACGGCGUGGCCAGGUUGUCCGACCUGGAGGCUUCGCUGCUGGAGUACAGCCCGUCCGACUGCAGUAUGAACCUGCCGGGCUCGGACGUUCUCUGCAUCGGAUCGCUUAUGUAUGAGAUGGUGGCCGGACGACUGCCGGGGCCGCGCGGGCCCACCCCCGCCGACCUGGCACAGCUCGACGACGAGACACGUUCACAGCUGGGACCUGUGCUGGAGUUCAUUUUCGACAACCCCGGCGGCCACGAGCCGGGCCUGGACGUUCUGCCGCACCUGGAGUUUUUCCGAGACGUUCAUCUGCGGGAGCUGGCCCGCCGACCACCGAGUCUGACUGAGAUCAAAGUGCUCACACCGGUUCGCACACCUGAGACGGGCCAAUUUGGUGCCUCGGAACACUCGGUCGCCCGCAGUCCCCAGCGUAGGAGAAAGCGGUCAAGCUCCAUGCCCGGCCAUAGCUGUAAGGAGCUGCAGGAGCUGCGCAGAAUGCACGAACAUCUCUCUCAAUUGGAGCUGCGCUGAGGGGACGAACUGCAGAGGCUCUAAGCUGGGACAGUUGUUGGUGCAGCUGGGACAGUUACCGGUGCAGCUGGGUUGCGAGUUAAGGUGGGCAAAGCUGCCGCUGAGCUGUGGGUCAAGGCGGGCAGAGCAGCUUCGAAUGAGCUGCGAGCUACGAUGGACAUGGUAGCUGCAAUGAGCUGCGAAUUCAGGCGGACAGAGCAGCUGCGAAUGAGCUGCGAAGUCAGGCGGACAGAGCAGCUGUGGAUGAGCUGCGAGCUGGGUUGGAGAGAAACCACCGCAGCUCAGUUCUGAGCAGUGCUGGAGAGUGCAACUGUCGCAGCUAUGAGUGCUGGAGAGUGCAACUGUCGCAGCUAUGAGUGCUGGAGAGUGCAACUGUCACAGCUGUGAGUGCUAGAGGGAGCGGCUGCCGCAGCUGUGAGUGCUGGGGAGAGCAACUGUCGCAGCUGUGAGUGCUGGAGAGAGCAGCUGCCGUAGCUGUGAGUGCUGGAGAGAGCGGCUGUCGCAGCUGUGAGUGCUGGAGGGAGCAGCUGCCGCAGCUGUGAGUGCUGGAGAGAGCAUGACUACCGCAGCUGUGAGUGCUGGAGAAAGCAGGUGCCACAGCUGUGAGUGCUGGAGGGAGCCGCUGCCGCAACUGUGAGUGCUGGAGAGAGCAGCUGUCGCAGCUAAGAGUGCUGACAGAGCAGCAGCUAUCGCAGCUGUGACAGUGCGUGCAGUGAGUGUUCGGACAGCCGUCAGCUGAUCUGCCGGGACGCGGCUGUCUCCCGACGAG